CACGUUUUUUCUAUCUGUCAACAUUUGUUUACAAGGUUCACUGUUGAGAAUUCUCAAUUAAAUUUUUAACAAAACACAAUAUUUCACUGAAGAAAAAAAAUCAUGACCGACGGUGAGCCGAGUGAAAAGCAAACAAAACUUGAAGAAUACUUCAGCAGCUAUGAGGAUUUGGACAUUCACAAAUUGAUGUUAACCGAUCGUCCCCGUCAAGCGGCAUACCGUGAGGCAAUCCUAUCAAAUUCAUCGUUAUUCGCUGGCAAAACUGUACUUGAUGUCGGUGCUGGUACUGGAAUCCUAUCAUGUUUCUGUGCUCAAGCCGGUGCUGCCAAGGUCUAUGCGAUUGAAGCCUCAAAAAUAGCUAAUCUGGCCCGUGAUGUAGUCAAAGAGAAUGGAUUCGACCGUAUAAUUGAAGUGCAUCAAACGAAAGUUGAGGAUUUUAAAUUGAACGGUGACGACCAACAGCAGAUCGAUAUAAUUGUGUCGGAGUGGAUGGGAUUUUAUUUGUUGCACGAAGGCAUGUUGGAUUCGGUGUUGUUUGCGCGUGAUAGAUUUUUAAAACCAUCCGGUUCGAUGUUUCCGCAAAAUGCAUCAAUUUACGUAGCUCCAUGUGCGUUGCCCAGUUUGUUUGACGCCUGGAAUUCGCAUGAUGGUGUUCAAAUGACGGCUUUCGGUGCCGCAUUACGAGCACAAAAAACAUUUAAACCGGAAAUUAUGGUGGUGCCGGCCAAAGAUCUAUUACACGAAGGCACAGUCAUGGCGUGGUUCGAUUUGAAUGAAGUGUCUUUAGAGAAUUUAAAUGAAUUUGUAUUCAACGAAGUAGUCGUUGCACAAAAGCCCGGACAGUAUCAAGGCAUUUGUCUAUGGUUUGAUGUGUCAUUUCCAACCAAUGAUGAGGGCGAUACAGUUACAUUGUCGACAGCACCGACUGCCGAAUCAACCCAUUGGAAACAAACCGUCAUCUUACUACCAGAUCAACAUCAAGAGAAUAUCGAACAACACGAACCGGUCGCUUUUAAUUUGGCCAUGCGAAGAAAUGACGAAAAUCAACGACAAUGCAAACUUGAACUUACCAUUUUAGAUCCAAGCGAUGUUGAACAUCCAUUUCCAUGCGAUUGCAAUUUUACAAAAUGUAUUUUGGUUAAAGAACAUUUGAAAUUGAGCGAAGCUCAAGAUAUUGUACCGGAAUUGAUUUAAUUCCGAAGAGAUAUUUGAAAAAUAAGAUUGAAUAUAUGAAAAAAACAUUGAUUUUUGAUUUAAACAACGCCAUCUAUUGAAUUGGAAGAGAAGAUUGAUAUCACGGACCUAAGUUUAUCUCUUGGAAAUCGAGAUUUUUCAUUUUGAAUCUCGAAUUAAUCGAAUUUUAAACUACUUUGCAUCGCUUUGCAU